ACCGUCCGUGCACACACAGGGAGGGAGGGGCCUCUCCUCCCAUUGCAUGGAGUGACUAAAGAAUUUCGCUUUUAGGCAGCACCGCGUUCACACGAACAUCCAGUGUCGUAGAGGCAUGCCCAACCCCGAGGCCCAGCAGGCAUGGAGAAGAAGGUGCUUGAACCGACUUGUACGAGCGAUCGGGACAGGAGACAAUGCGAGUGUGGCGUGUGCGUUACAACAGGGUGGAAGAUACGUGCUAAACGAAAGAGACGACAAUGGCCUGCUACCCAUACACAGGGCCACCAUCAAGGCUCCCGCUUCGGUCGUCCAUCUCCUUAUUCAGGCGGGCGCCGAUCUCGAGGCAACGUUCCAAGGCCUCGCUAGUAUGCACGUUGCAUGCGGGAGAGGACUGGAAGGCAUGGUGCACGUAUUGCUUGCGGGAGGAGCCAACAGGGACGCCCUGACCGCCCAAGGGUUCGCUCCCUUGCAUUGCGCGAGUGGGAGGGGUGGGCUAGGAGCCGUGAAGGCUCUGCUGACUGCUGGAGCGGAUGUAAACAUCCGGAGCGGCGGGUGGGAGCGGCGGACGCCGUUGCAUGCCGCCGCGACUCUGGGCGACAGAGCCGUCACGGAGGAGCUCCUGCGCUGGGGUGCAGACGUUGACCUUCCUGACACCGAAGGAGUCACGAGUUUGCACAUCGCUGCCGCCGUGGACAACGUUGGAGUAGCCCGAUGUCUCUUGGGGGCGGGAGCGUCUACGGAGGAGGUGCAGGCCGGCACGCUCAACAGGCCGUUACACUUGGCAGCUUUUCAAGGAUCCUACGGCGUUCUCACGACCUUACUGGAGGUGCGGGUGUUUGCGUUUGAGUGUCUCGUUUCGCUGACCUUGUCGUGGGAAUUAUUGCGUGCGUUGUUCCAUCCCCAGACAGCCAAACGGGUUUGUUCUUUUCCAUGGACACUGCUGAAGAAUCAACCUACCGUUGUGAGUCUAUGGCACAAAGCAUACUUUUCUUGCCCUGGAACCCCUGGCCCCAUUCAUCGGUUGGAGCAGGCCGGGGCUGACUUUCAGGCGACCAACUCCCACGGGGAAACGCCGUUGCAUCACGCCUGCUCGAUGAUGGACUUCGCGAUCGUCUCCACCCUGCUCAACCGGGGCGCGGACGAAGCCGCACGAGACAACAAUAACCACACCUGCGCUGAGGUGCUGGGAGACGGGCUGGACGAGGAGGCUGGGGGGUUACGCGGGGACCCGGCCAUGCGCGAACGGAUACUCAUUGUGCUGACCAAGGCUCCUGCGGAGAGGGCAUGGCGUCGCCGGUCUUGGACCGUGAUGAUGCGAGCGCGGGAAGCGAACUGGUCGGGAGAGCUCGUCGGGGGGGGUGAGGAAGCAGGAAGGACGAUGGUGGAGAUCUGUGGAUCAACGGUGGCGGCUGGUGCAGUAGUAGCGAAGGCCGUUGGCGCUCGAGACGAAAAGCAACCUUGCCGAGGAAGGCAUCGUGGCAACAACGAGGGCAGUAGCAGGGUUGGCGUAGUUGGGGUCGACGAGGAGGCCUUCCGAUCAUGCGUUUACUGGGUCGUGCGCGCGCAGGAGGAGGGAAUUUUUCGCCUCGUGGUUUCAUUCUUGUAAAUAUAGCGUGGAACUAAAGGCGUGGGGGAGGUUGAGCCGUGGCAUUGUGCGUUGAGAGGAUGCCGCCUGCCUCGUAUGUGUAUCUGGUAUGCGUCCUCGUCGAUCUGCCCCCCUCCUGUGCCGAGACCUCGUUCCACAAUUGUGCACUUCUCUGAGUUUCACUCUCCCAACCACCGCUUGGAUCCCGGAUUCACUUCUUUGGUUGACUCCAUACGCCUCAAGUUGAACUGGCGUCUUUUCAUUGGCUAGCAGGUUAAUACGAUCGGUGCUAACUAGAACAACGUCACACGCGCUGCCACGUCCGUCUGUUGUUGCUGAUUUUCCCAUCGGUUGCUAACCGUGAUGGCCGCCACUUCGAAUACGUGGGAAGGUCAGACGUUUUGGCUUAGUCCGGUAGUGAAGAUGUCAGGGGAAUCUGUGCUGCACAGUACUGGAGCCUGGCUCCAAGCGGACGAAAGCGCUGUUGCACAAGCUGAUGUUCAGAGUUGGAAAUAAUCGUACAGCCACAGCGGUUUUGGUAGCAAGUCAAUAUCUUUUGGUAGAAGGGGCGAUACACAUCAACGGCUACGCCAGGGACGGGUGGUUUCGGUCAGGGCUAUCUUCUGUGUGGGUGUUGAAGGUGCGGGUGGUACACGCACGAAGAAUGGUAAAUCAACAAUUCGAAGGCGCGGGGAGAUGUUCCGACGAAUUGUUCCGGCUGAAAGUGCUUUUCGUGCGCUCCGUUCAAUCAACUAAAGCCUGCUUGCGACGACCAUCGUAGCUGAAGCAGUCGACGCUGCCCUCAAUGAGGGAUGUGUCGGCACAACUGCUGCUGCUGUGGGGAGCUUUUUUGUCAAUCGAGAGUGCUUGGUGUGUCGGUGUCGUCCGGCCAAGGCCGUUGCUUGCUGAGUGAUCAUGUCAGACGCUUGGCUUGGCGUCGUGUAGAACCGAACAGCUCGUGCUGUUCCCCGCUACUAAUAUUGUUUAGGAUUAGGGUUAGCAAUAGGACUAGGGUCAGGAUUAGGCCGUGCGGUUCCCCGCUGUUUUUAUUGAUUGGGAUUAAGUUUAGGGUUAGGAAUAGGAUUAGGUUCAGGGUAGGCAUGAAUAGCUUUCGUA